AUGAACACAGUCUAUUCAUCGAUCCAAGACAUGUCUACCAAUGCAACUGCCGACACGCACGAUAUCAAACCAACACUAAAAGACGACAAAUUGGGACGGUCAACGGAGGUGGAGGUGGACUCUGACACUUCGUCUUCCUACACGGACAGCGAAGGCUCUCCACGUAGAUCCACGAGCCCGAACGGCAUGGGCACCGGCGUGUGGAGCAAGGAGGAGCAUGCAAGGUUUCUGGAGGCAAUCAAGAUUUAUGCUAAUGGGCCAUGGAAAGUCGUCGCCACUUAUGUGGGCACCCGCACCGUCCGACAAACGAUGACACACGCUCAGAAGUAUCGGCAAAAGGCUGCACGGCGCCUUCGUGGUCUGCGCACCAAGCAGGCCCUCAUGCGUAUGAAUUUUGGUCAUCAUGUGAGCGAAGAGUCACUCAUGCAGGAGCGCCUUCGCACUAUGGGCGCUUUUCACAACAACCACCGCGUCACCUAUGAGCAGACCCAAGUCAAUUAUUAUUCACGUCCUGGCACUGCUGCAGUGGAACCGAGAGGUCAAUGCUCCGACACCGGGGCUCUACCGUGGGCCAAGCAUUUUACAAGCGAGUCAGCACAGGAGCCGUCGUGUCUGGACGUGACACUACUCGGGCUAGAGGAUAUUGAUCUUCUAGAAGAUCUGACAGCGAGCCCCACUCUGGAGGAGUGCGCCACAGAGCUGCUCAAAGUACUUUUUUAA